AUGCACAGCUUCGUACAAAGCGGGAUUCUAAGCUUGUUGCUUUGCUAUCGUGGCCUUCUCUGGCCUUACGAUUUUGACACCAAUGGAGAUUUCCGCCCAGGCCGGGUGCCGGUGGGUGACGCGGUCGCUGUAGAAAAUGCUGUGUGCAUCGUCAUCUGGGAUGGGUAUUAUGCAUUGGUCGGCAAGAGCGAUCACGCCCGACUCGUCGGCAAGAAGCCUGCUCAAAAACUGAGAAGACAUCGUUUCACCAACGCCGCUGAUGACAAUUCUGACGAUGACCACUCAGACGAUAGCUCCGACGCUAACGAAGAGCCGCUCUCUACGAAGGAACGAUCAUCCGCGCGCUCCAAGAGUGGCGGGCAGAACUCUGUGGACUACACCGUCCUGAGCCAUUUGGAAUCCUCCCUGACCACCAGGAGCUCGAAUACUCUAUAA